AUGCCAGGCGACGACGAUUUAAUUGAGGCUGCCAAGUCGACAGCAGUCGACUACUAUGACCUGCUAGGCAUUACCUUUGAGAACUCCAGCGAAUCUGAUAUUCGUCGCGCAUACCGCCGUACCGCAUUAAAGUACCAUCCCGACAAAAACGCCGACAAACCAGACAUCGUCGAGAAAUUCCAUCUACUACAAAUCGCAAACGAUGUUCUAUCGAGCCCUGAAUACAAGGCCAUCUACGAUAAUGCCCGUCGCGCCAAGCAGGAGAGGGAGGAGCGCCAUCAGGCCUUCGAGGGCAGGCGCCGUCAGAUGAAAGAGGACCUGGAGAAUCGCGAGAGUGCCAGUCUAAAGAGAAAACAUCAAGAAGAGGAAGAAGGCGACAAGCUACAGCGCGAAAUUCAACGUUUGGCUGCUGAUGGCAAGAGGCGACGUUUGGAAAGGCAAGAGCAACUGAACCGCGAGCGACUUGAGGAGGAGGAACGUCUCGAUCGCGAGAGGAACGGAUACACAUCUACGCAAACCCAAGCUGCACCAUCUCAAGGAGGGACUGCCGUUGCCGAUAUUGAUCGCUCUGUGAAGGUCGUGUGGCCAAGGGAAGGCGGAGGAGCAGCCAUCGACAAAGAACGUCUCAAGGCUAUGUUCACCACAUUCGGCAAAAUUCAGGAUAUCGCAAUACUUAGUGACAAGAAGAAACGACUGGGCGAAAGCAAGUCAAAGAGCAUCGUCGGAAGUGCUCUCAUAAUCUACGACUCGGUGGUGGGAGCCCAUGCCGCAGUCUCUGACUUCAAGAAACGCCAGUCAGAGCCAGACUUCAACAUCCUCGACUCGGUCUACUGGGCAUCGAACAAGGAGCCCGACUUCCUUCCACGUCCAUCGACACCCGCCUCACCACCCGCAGAAUCAAAGCCAACGCCACGACCAAUGCACGAGAUACUAGGCAUGAACUCACCUGUCACGCCGCUCAAACAGGCAGGAGGCCUGCGUAAGGUUCCUUCCUUUGCUUCCUUCAGUAGCGCUAAGAACUCGCCCGUCGCUCCUUCCGUAUCGAGCCCCAGUCUCGAGGAACUCACUAUGAUCAGGCUGAAGAACGCAGAGAAGAGGCGACUCGAGGAGCAGAUUCGCAAGCAGGAAGCCGAGGACGAAGAUUGA